AUGGCCGCCCUUCAGCUGGCUAAUGCAUCGUCAGUUUUUGUCCCUAAUAAUGAUGACGAUUCCGGUGCCCGCAUCCGUAUCCACCAGUCUAUCCAGUAUGGCGCUCAGUGGGCACAUAAGUUCUGUGAAGAAGUCACACAUAUCAUCGUCACUCAGGACGACCUCGAUGUGACAGUAGUAGCCAAAUCUUUCCCUUCGAAACAGAUUCCGAAGGGUCCGGUUCUUUUGCGCCAAAAGUGGCUUUUUGAAUGCUGGAAAUCUGGAUUUCUUGUAGAAACGCAUUGGCGCCGCUUUCAAGUAUUAGGCUCAGAUGCAAUCAGAGAGCCAGGUCGUAGCAUUGCUGCCCCUGGCAUCGACAGAAGAGCAAACAUUCAGGGUUCAAGGGCAGACAAAUCGCUUCCGAUUGCCAAUGAACCAGACAGUAACGUUCAGCUUCGCCGCGAAUGUGGGACCGGCCCCAAGACAUUGAAGCCAAAACCGGAAGGAAAUAUUGAUGAAGAUCCACUCGAUAUUGCGAUAAAGGAUGUCCAAAAUGGCGCCGGUCAGCAUCUUGAUUCUGAUGACUCUGGGAGUGAUGAUGGAGCUGAAUCCCAACUCGUCCUGAACAAGGAACACAGCAAUGGAAGAGUACCCGAGAAGGCCGCCGGAUUUUUGUGCAUGGAAAGCCAUGAUGGAAAAACCCAAAGCGAGAAUCCGAAUGCCGAAACCAUGCAGAAGCUGCAAGAGAUGGCAAAAUCCUAUGACCGAACAGGUGAUCGAUGGCGACCAAGAGCUUUUCGGCAAGCAAUAGGAAAACUUCGGAAGCAAAGCGAGUUGAUUCGAACCAGUCAUCAAGCUCGUGCGGUCGGUAUUGGCGAGAGCAUUGCGUUGCAGAUCGAAGAAAUUGUCUCUACUGGAAAAUAUAGACGAUUCGAGUACGCGCAUAAUGAUCCCAGGAAUCAGAUUGUCAAGCUCUUCAUGGGGGUGUAUGGCGCUGGCGAGACAACCGCCCAGAAGUGGAUAGCGCAAGGUUAUCGAUGUCUAGCAGAAGUCUAUGAGAAAGCCGACCUGAACGCAAAUCAACGGGUGGGCAUCGAGCACUAUGAUGACUUCCAGCAGAGGAUCCCUCGCAGCGAGGUCGAACAGCACGCUGCGAUAGUAGAGAAAGCUCUCAAAGCUGCAGAUCCAAAUCUUCAGUUGAUCAUCGGAGGUUCUUAUAGACGAGGCAGCAAAGAUUCGGGGGACAUUGACUGCAUCAUCUUCAUGCCCGAGGCCGGGAUCAGCCAUAUCCGUAGCCUGAUGCUGGAUGGUGUUAUCCCUGGAUUGAUGGUUCAAGGGUUCUUGAAAGUGGCACUUGCUAGCGGCCAUUUUUCGAAUGACGACUCGUCGAAGUGGCAUGGAGCAUCUGCCUUGCCAGGUUCUAAUGUUUGGCGCCGGAUCGACUUCCUCUUUGUACCAUGGGCGGAGCUAGGAGCUGCAUUGAUCUAUUUCACGGGGAACGACCUCUUUAAUCGGAGCAUAAGGUUCCUGGCAGGGAAGAAGCAGAUGAGGCUGAACCAGCACGGAUUAUUCAAGGACGUCAUGAGGGGACGUGGACGACAACGAAUUAACGAUGGGACGUUGCUCGAAGGGCACGACGAGAAGCGGAUUUUUGAGAUUCUUGGAGUUCCGUACCGGCUGCCCGAGGAAAGGAACGUGUGA